AUGUUUGCCUCGAGGUCAGCCUUCACAGCAAUCGCCUCCCGUCUCUCUUUCCUCGCUCUCUUGCUCUCAUUUACCAUCCUCAGUCUGCGCCACUCUACGAGAACAAGAAUUCCUUCAAACAAACGGGCGAUGAACGCAUCUAGUGAUCUUACUUCAGGAAUACAGCGGUACGCACAACAUGCAAUGUCGACGAUGGGUCCGCCACUCGCGUACGCGCGUCCGUUAGGACCUCAUCUCCUUGUACCGGCAGUGCUCCGUUCGCUUCCACACGGCAACAUAGCCUACCCCCAGCCUGCAUUGGCACCCAUCCUCCCUGGACAAGAGCCUAUCAGUUGCACGAAAACCUUGUCCGGGUCUAAUACGGCUUCCAGGGGCCGUUCACCAACACAAGAGCGUUGUGAAAUCGCUGCACCCGCGCGUCAGACUGUCCCGGUACCGCGGCUUGGAUCACACGCCGGCCACGCGCACUUCGCUACUGGUGUUGAGGUAAGUGAUAUAGCCAGUCAAGAGAGCGAUGUACAACUUACGGCUAAAAAGCCUCGUCUUCGUGACUCCGGAGGCCUUGACGAAUGCACCAGUGGCACCCACUCUGAUGAUACAAAAGAGCUCUGUGAUUCGGGAGUAUCUUCAGGGACAUCUGGCCUGAUCGCUGAUUCACUCACUGACAGCGCAUCUCUUUCUCUCGAUCCCAUCGAGUUUUCAAUGGGUGCCGCGUCAUCUCCCUCUCCUUUGACCAAACUCGAGAUCGAAGAGGAGUUCGAGGCGAGAAUGCGUCAGGCGCUCUUGAUCCCAUCCACGGGCAGGACCGACUUUGAUGCGGUUCCUCUGCGAACUCGGGGUAAGCUAGUCGGAGUCCCGCGAGCCGGCAGCAAGGGCCACUAUGAGAUGCUGGCGAAGCUCAUUAUGUGGAAGUUUCCCGCGAGAACCUGUAAGAUCAAGGAUAUAGAAGAGAAGAUCGUAGAAAUCUGGCCUGCAUACAAGGAGCUGGCGUCAUGGAGGUCCUGCUUGCAUACCGCGUUGUAUGCGUGCAAAGGGUUCAAGCCACUUGGAAAUGGACUUUGGACGCUCAACUGUGCGGAAGGCCACGGGAAAAAGAAAUCAAAGAACAAUACGGUCAACCCGAAGGAAAGGGAAGACCGAGCGAAGAAUCAUACACGACCUGGACAUCAUAAAGCGUCCAAAUCAUCGAAUAACUCUCGUCGCGGCCCUUCAGCUGCUCCUCGAGUUUCUCUCCUCUCUCACGAGGGACAUGGUGUAGGGGGUGGCGGAAGUCAGCAACGGGGAUCUCGCGCGAAGCCGGAUUCCCCUUAUCGUCGCUGCGAGCGCACCAAAAUGGCUAACUCAGAGUCUCACGCUCAAGACGACGACUCGGACUCUGAUGGUACUAGCUGCACAACUGGCGAGGGCCACUCGGCCGAUCUUAUCGAUUUGUCAGGUCGACUUUGGGAAGCCGUAAGCGACCUCAGCCACUACAUUUCAGAUCCACUCGAUCAGCCCAUAUACGACUUUGAGGCUGACUCGGCUGACUCUCUUUCCGUGGAACUUUCAAGUUGCUAUGAUACAAUUGUGACUUCGCACCCGGAACGGAUUGACGACAUCUGUGAUAGUAGUCACGAUAUAUUCUGUGCCUCCGUGUCUCGCGAAGAUGGCCCUCCGGAUGGCAUGUUCGAAAAGGGAGAGCUGACGUCGAUGUCCGAGUCUAUCCCACUGGAGAUUGCUAUACCUGACGAGGCGACAUUUAUGGCGAGCAUCUUCAAGUUCGACGCAUAA